CUUCAUUCUUUUUUUGCUUUUUCUUUUAUUCAUAUUUGCUUUGUUUACACAACUCAUGUUUGCCAAUAUUAAAAUCCCUCCUGGUAUUCGACUUUUCAAUAAGAUCGCUGACUUCCGAGCUUGGAGAAGACAACUCCUAUUAGAUCGCCAAACAUUGGGUUAUGUGCCUACUAUGGGAGCCUUACAUAAAGGACAUCUUGCACUAGUGACAUCAGCCAAAGACAAAUGUGAUCAUGUAGCUCUUACUAUUUUUGUGAAUCCAGCACAGUUUUCUCCAACUGAAGAUUUAGCCACUUACCCUCGUACUCUUCAAAACGAUUUGGAUCAAUUAGCUGCUUUGGGACCCGGGAUUACUUCUGCUGUGUUAGUACCUUCGGUCAAGGAAAUGUACCCUGGAGGGAUUGAGUUGGAUGUGUCAAAACAAAAAGGAACGUUUGUAGAGGUCAAGGGUCUGUCUCAUCAAUUGGAAGGUAUCACUCGUCCUCAUUUCUUUCGUGGUGUGGCAACAGUUGUUUCCAAGUUUUUAAAUAUUGUACAACCAGAACAAGUCUUCUUUGGUCAAAAGGAUGUACAACAAUGUGCAGUGAUUAAGGCCAUGAUUCGUGAUCUUCAUUUUCCAGUCAAGAUGAAUAUUUGUCCAACAGUACGAGAAAAGGAUGGAUUGGCCAUGUCAUCAAGAAAUGCUUACCUAACUCCUGAUCAAAGAAAAUAUGCACUUGUCGUCCACAAAGCUUUAUCCACCAUUGAAUCAUUAUACCAUAGCGGACAACAUCAUGCACCAUCGUUGAUUGAUGCCGGAGCUGCCCUCAUUGAACAAGCUAGACAACAAGUACAAAAGGAAAAUUUGGAUUGGGAAGUCAAAUUGGAUUAUCUCAGCAUCAACUCACCAGAAGAUUUAUCAACGAUAUCGGGAACCAUUGAUCAGCAAGAAGGAUGUAUUGUCAGUACUGCCGUUUUUGUAGGAAAGACAAGAUUGAUAGACAAUUUGUUAUUGGAUGUUAGUGAUUCUGCCCAGAAAAUAUAGCUGUAGAAUAGUUUAGAUCAUCCAUAUAUAUAUAUGAAAAACAAUAAAAAAAAUGGACUAGCUUUUUAUUU